CGACGGCGAUGACGGCGGUGGCGGCGGCGCAGCAUGCUUGGCAGCACCGGCGACCAUCCGUCCGUCCGUCAAUCAGUCAAUCGGUGUGCCUCUGGAGUCUGGUGCGGUUAGUGUGUCAAGUCAGUCUACGAGCGCGCGUCACCGGGAGUAGCGCUUGGAGUACUUACGCUCCGUGUUAUUCACGCAUUCAGUCGAUCGGCGCGAGAUCAGCGAUCGUGAGAGCCGCGACAGAGUUAGAAGAGGGAGGAAGGAACGAAGGCGAGAGAGAGACGUGAAUUACGCGAUCGCCCGCGCGUGCCGCUUUUGCAAUUUCGUGGAGCGAACUAGCGAAGACGACGAACCCCGCGGCCGACGGCGAGAGGAUGGCGGACACCAAGGACGACUGCGCCGACAACGUGCAGUUCUUCGAGGGUGUCGAAAAGCUUCUUGAGGUCUGGUUCACCAGCUCCAAGGGCCUCAAGCAGCAUCAGGGUGAUCUCCGUCAGAUACCGCGGCAAAAAUGGGAGUCAUUGUUGAAGAUAGUCCGUUGCGAGAUCAUCAGCUUUUGCCAUAACGAUCAAGUGGACGCCUAUGUUCUUAGCGAGAGCAGCCUGUUUGUGUCCAAACGCAGACUCAUACUAAAGACUUGCGGUACCACCACACCUCUGCAGUGUUUGGAGCCGCUUCUGGAGCUCGUUGAGGAGUACACUGGCUUCGACGAUGUCGAGAACGUCUUUUACUCCCGAAAGAAUUACAAGAAACCGGAGCUCCAGAUAUCGCCACACCAGACGUUUGAGGAGGAAGUCACUCUGUUGGAUUCCCUCUUCCCUGAUGGCGAAGCUUACUGCAUGGGCUCACCCGAGACAGAUUGCUGGUAUCUCUACACUCUGAGCCGUGAUAAGCCAUUGCAGGACCCACCGGAGCCGGAUCAGACCCUUGAGAUACUCAUGACGCAGUUAGAUCCAGACGUGAUGUCAAUCUUUACCAGGGACGUCUGCUCGUCCGCCGACGAGGCGACGGUCAAAUCGGGAAUCGACAAGCUCAUUCCUACUAUGAUUAUAGAUGACUUUCUGUUCGAGCCAUGCGGAUACUCUAUGAAUGGGAUAUCUAAAAAUGGCAGCUACAUGACGAUCCACAUCACACCGGAGCCCGAGUUCUCGUACGUGUCGUUCGAGUGUAACGUCUCAGAAACGUCAUACGACGAGAUAAUUCGUCGCGUGCUGAACACCUUUAAGCCGGGCAAGUUUGUCGUGACGAUUUUCGCCAACAAGCAGUCUGCGGCGGCUAAUUGUCCGCGCGAACUCGAGAAGCGGACCGAUUAUCUGAACCGUUCUGGCGACUGGCUGCGCACCGACGUGCAGUACUGUCGUUUCCUCAACUACGAUUUGACUUGCGCUUUCUUUUCGCGCUUCCCGAGCUGAGGGUUCAAGGACGCUUCAUUCGUCUCUCAACCCGGGACCAAUGAAGCGCACACCACCCCCAUUCCUCUCUGUCUUCCUCUCCGUGAUUGUCACCGCGACGGCGCGA